GACGCUGUGCUCGGUUCCUCCCCCCGUCAGCAGGAGGCAGCACACACAGGCGCUCACACCGACUCUCGGCGGAUAAACACACAGACGGGAGAAUGGCCUCCUCCAUGAGCGGCAUGUUCCCGGGUCAGCAGCCCCCCGCUCACCCCGCUCCUGUCCCCGGAGCCGCGGCUCCUCUCUCAGCUCCCUCCGGCAGCAGAGCCCCGGGCGGCAGCACCACUCUGGUGGACGAUCUGGAGGCUUCGUUCGAGGCAUGCUUCGCAUCGCUCGUGAGCCAGGACUAUGUGAAUGGGACGGACCAGGAGGAAAUCAGGACAGGGGUCGACCAGUGCAUUCAGAAGUUUCUGGAUGUGGCCAGACAGAUAGAAUGCUUCUUCCUCCAGAAGAGACUACAACUGUCAGUACAGAAGCCUGAGCAGGUGGAGAAAGAGGACAUAUCGGAACUGAGGAAUGAACUCCAGAGGAAGGAGAUGCUGAUUCAGAAGCACCUGACUAAGAUCCAUCACUGGCAGCAGGUGCUGGAGGACAUUAACGUCCAGCACAAGAAGCCUACAGAGCUGCCUCAGGGUCCACUAGCUUUUUUGGAACAGGCCUCUGCCAACCUUCCCGCCCCAAUCAAACCCAACUGAAGAUCCCUGAAGAAACAGAAUGGGACAGGACACUAAAACGAUUUUGUUGUUUAACUGGGUGUGGCCAAGGUUACUUGUAGGCAGUAUUUACAGUAACCCAACUCUUUGGUACAGUUUAUCAACUCAGUUUUAUAUCUGAUCUAAAUUCCCUUAAAUAGAUUGAAGGCCUUUUGAAUUCGAUAGUUCUUAAACUUUAUUUAAGAGGAGCGCUUUUGUCAUUGUGUGGAUAUUUAAAUCUUUUUGUACUCUCUAGAAUAAAUGAGCAUUUUGUA